AUGGAUGGCACCAAAAGAAAAGGCUACAUAUGGGCAGUAUCUGCUGGAUUAAAUGCUGCUUUUUCUGCCAUUGCUGCAAAAUUCUUUGCAUGUCAGAUCAUUAAAUAUGGUCUGAUUGUGUUAUUUAACGUGACAUUGUGGGGUUGUUACGUUAACAGCCUUAAAGCUCUUUCUUCCCUACAAGCUACAGUGACAAACUUUGCUGCGAAUUUCCUAAGUUCUGGUCUAGCUGGAUUCUUUUUGUUCAACGAGACACUAUCAGUUCAGUGGUUUGCAGGUGCCUUGCUCAUUGUGAUUGGUGUGGUCAUACUCAGCAAGUCAAGUAUAGAAGGGAAGGAAAGUAUUGAUCAGAAGCUUGACUAG